AUGUCCAACGAAGAAAUCGACAGCUUGUCGCCGGACACGCUCCAAGAUGCCAUUACCCUCACGGAACCACGGCGCAUUCCCGUUGCGGUCAACCCAGUAGCGCUCGUGGUCACAGAAUGUAUAACGGUCACGUCUGCCAUGCGCAAACAUACGCGCUGGGCUCAUUCCUCAGUUUCCGCUAUUCUAGGCGGCUCCUCCAACAAGACCCCGGCUAUACAGAAGAGAGAUCGGGCUGGGCAGGGCAUAGUUGGCGGGACUGGCGAACACGAGGAAGCUGUACCCAGCAGAUGGGGCCUGCGUGGGAAGAAGGGCAAGAGCUUGCAGGACAACCCUCUUAUGUCUGCCUUUGCGCGCUUGAGGAACGAGCUGAAGGGCUGCAAAGACAUCAAGACCUUUGAUACCCCCUCCAUGCUCCAUCCGUUCCUCCAGGUCAUUCGGUCCUCUUCGACGUCUGCGCCUAUCACUUCGCUCGCGCUGAUUGCUAUUACCAAAUUUCUGUCCUAUAACAUCAUCGGUCGUGAUUCCCCGCGCCUACCAGAAGCUAUGCAGCAGCUUUCCUCCGCUAUCACACAUUGUCGUUUCGAAGCCAGCGACUCCGCAGCCGAUGAGAUUGUCCUUCUACGAAUAUUAAAGCUUAUGGAGAGCAUGGUUUCUGGUCAGGCAGGCGAAGUACUGGGCGACGAGAGCAUUUGCGAGAUGAUGGAAACAGGCCUUAGCAUGUGUUGCCAAUCUAGGCUGUCUGAGUUGCUUCGACGGUCUGCAGAGAUUGCGAUGGUAUCUAUGUGUCACGUCAUAUUCAAGAGGUUGAAGACACUGGAGAUAGAAGCGCCGGAGGAGCUUCAGAGACUUGAUGAAGAGUUGGACAACGAUGAGAAGCCAGACGGCCUCAAAAUGGAUCCUACCACAAACGGAGAGAGCGCAGGAUUGCCUACCAAAGUCGAAGAGCCCCAACAACCUAGCACUUCAGAGAGGGGCGAAGGGGAUACCGACAGUAACGCGCCGAAUCUAGAUCGAAGCACGCUUGAUCUUCCAGGGACUAUCGAAUCAGAGCAAGCACCCGUUGAAAUCAAGCCGUACUCGUUGCCCUCAAUUCGAGAAUUGUUCAGAGUCUUAGUCGACUUGCUCGAUCCACACGAUCGGCUGCACACUGAUACUAUGCGCGUCAUGGCGCUGCGCAUUGUUGAUGUCGCGCUUGAGGUAGCCGGCCCAUCGAUUGCCAGCCACCCCAGCUUGGCCAACCUAGCGAAGGACACGCUCUGUCGGCAUCUUUUCCAAUUAGUCAGAGCAGAGAACAUGGCCAUUCUGAACGAAUCUCUGCGUGUAGCUGGCACACUACUUGCUACUUGCAGAAAUGUCCUCAAGCUGCAACAGGAGCUAUACCUAUCAUAUCUGGUCGCCUGCCUGUUUCCAAGAGUGGAGAUUCCUAUAGAGCCAGGGAUAGAGCCAUCUUUAUACGAAGGCGUACCGCAAGCGCCAAGCCUCAUCAAACCGGCUCCGCAACAAAAUCCAUCGAGCGGCCGGUCAACACCAGUGCCAGUAAAAGACCGGCAGAAGCUUGGCUUGGAGGGUGGGGCUAGGAAACCCGAUGCACGAGAAGCCAUGAUCGAGAAUCUGGGUGGCCUGGUCCGCAUACCUUCUUUCAUGGCAGAGUUGUUUGUCAACUAUGACUGUGAGACGGAUCGGAUGGACGUCUGCCUAGAUAUCAUUGGACUUCUGUCGCGAAAUGCUUUCCCUGAUUCAGCCACAUGGAGCACAGUCAACGUGCCACCACUGUGUUUGGAUGCCCUCCUGGGAUUCGUUCAGUCCAUUGCGGACCGGUUGGACGAUGAGCCAGUAACCGAAGGUUAUCCCAGCGCGGAGGCGCUGCGCGAACAGCGGUCACGUAAGAACAUCAUCAUUCGUGGCGCCACAAAGUUCAACGAAAGCCCGAAGGGGGGAGUCGCUUUCCUUGCAUCCCAAGGCAUUAUCGAGAAUCCCGAUGAUCCGAAGAGCAUUGUUCGGAUUUUACAGGGCACAAGUCGGGUUGACAAGAGGGUUCUCGGUGAAUUCAUCUCGAAACGAGGUAACGAGGCGAUUCUCCACGCAUUCAUUCAUGAAUUUGACUUUACGACUCUUCGAGUGGAUGAAGCUCUGCGACGGCUUUUGAACAGCUUCCGUCUACCUGGAGAAUCAGCACUCAUUGAGAGGAUCGUCACCGAGUUUUCAACACAAUAUUUCGAACAGGUUGGUUCCGGAGAUAUCGCGAACACGGACGCCAUCUACAUCUUGUGCUAUGCUAUCAUCAUGCUCAACACGGACCAGCAUAAUCCUAAUCUCAAAGGCAACAAGCGCAUGGCUCUGGAGGACUUUGCUAAGAACCUGCGUGGUGUUAACGAUGGCAAGGACUUUGACCCCGAAUAUAUCAAAUCGAUUUACGAGUCGAUCAAAAAUCGUGAAAUCAUCCUGCCCGAGGAACACGAAACUCGUCAUGCAUACGAUCAUGCAUGGAAGGAGCUAUUGAUCAAGACGCAAUCGACCUCAGAUCUAGUCAUCUGUGAUACGAAUAUUUUCGAUGCAGACAUGUUUGCUGCGACUUGGAAGCCCAUCGUAGCGACCCUGUCAUAUGUUUUCAUGUCAGCAACUGAUGACGCCGUCUUCUCUCGCGUCGUCACUGGCUUUGAUCAGUGCGCCCAGAUCGCAGCGAAAUAUCAAUUAACCGAUGCUUUAGAUCGCAUCAUCUCAUGCCUAGCGUACAUCAGCACCCUUGCUCCUGAUCUUCCGCCUAGCACGUCAUUGAAUACCGAAGUGCAAGUGGAGAAGAAGAGUGUUAUGGUCAGUGAGACAGCAGUCCGCUUCGGACGAGACGGAAGAGCGCAACUGGCAACUGUUGUAUUGUUCCAAGUCAUCAAAGGCAAUGAAGCCUCGAUACGAGAUGGUUGGAAUCAUCUCAUCCACAUCAUGGUCAACUUGUUUGUCAAUUCUUUGAUACCCCCUUACUUCUUGUCGUUCCAGAAAACGUUAGCAUUGCCACCGAUACCACUCCAAAGUCCCGCCCAGAUCAUCGACCGAGUCGAACGUCCUGCAGAUACGGGCAUCUUCUCUGCGUUGACAUCUUACGUGUCUAGCUUUGCUAAUGACGAGCCUCCCGAGCCGUCUGAUCAAGAAAUCGAAUAUACGCUCUGCACAGUGGACACCGUCAAAGAAUGUCAUUUCGAAGAUAUUCUGGCCAACAUCAGUCAGCUACCGCUAGACUCACUACGCUCGUUGCUGAUGUCCCUGCUCGAGCAAAUACCCGAAGACGGCUCACCAAGAGUCAUUGUGGUGAAGCCUGAGCUUCCCCAAACGAUAAGCCCGCGCACCAACGGAAACAAGAAGAACCUAACCAGGCCAAUCUAUGACGCCAGCUUGGUGUUCGUCUUGGAAUUAGCCACCGUUCUCGCCCUUAGGGACGACGAGACCGUGCAAGAGCUGGCGAAGGAUGUCGCGGAUGCGCUGUCGACCGUGAUCAAGGAUGCGGCGAAGCUGCACCCUGUGCUGAUCGCACGAUGUGUAUACUACCUCUUGAGCUUGUUGAAGGCUAGCAACGACCACGACUUUAUCAGGGCUCCCGUUCUGCUACAUACAUUCUCCAAGUUCGAUGAGGAGCUCCUGAAGCAAUGCGCAAGCCCGCUUUUGAAGGGCUUGGCAGACUGCUUGAAGGGUCCAAAUGGGCUGCGUGUUGAGCUGGCCAGCUCCCCAGAUUUCUGGGUUAUUCUGAACAAGCUGCAACGCGUGCCUGAGGCAGCUGGGGAUGUCUUCCAGCUGGUUGAGGAUCUCACCACUUCUUCGCUACCGGGCGUGACAGCGGAUAAUUACGAGGCUGCGAUCGCGCUCCUGAAUGAGUUUGCAACUACGGCUCAAGUUGGUGCUAGACAAGAACAACUGUACGACCAGGCGGUACGACGAGGCAAAGCUCCCAAGCCUAAGAAACCAGAGAGCGAUGAAAUCGUCGUCCGUGGAAGCAUGGCCAUGACUAUUGUCUUCCAGAUGACCAACAGAGUACCCAAUUUCAUUGAGCAGUCACAUCUCGAGACCACCGAAGCAUGGACAGCCUAUUGGUCACCCAUUCUCAAGACCCUCACACAUCAAUGCCUCAACCCAUGCCGGGAAAUCCGACAACAAGCGUUUGGAGCGCUGCAACGCACCCUUCUGUCUAAUGAACUCGCGUCUCAAGACCACCAGGAAUGGACCGCCAUCUUCAGCGAGGUUCUGUUCCCUCUCAUCACACAGCUCCUCAAACCGGAGGUGUACCAAUCAGACCCUCUAGGCAUGAGCGAAACACGCGUGCGCGCCGCGACACUGCUCUCAAAGGUCUUCCUCCAUUACCUGACUCUCCUCUCCGAGACGGACGACCUACUAGACCUCUGGCUGAAGAUCAUCACUAUCAUGGACCGCUUGAUCAAUAGCGGCCAGGGCGACAAUCUGGAGGAAGCCGUCUCAGAGAACCUCAAGAAUAUGCUGCUCGUCAUGUCGAGCGGCGGGUAUCUCGUACCGCCUGAGGAGAAGCCUGAAAAGGAAGAGCUGUGGAACGAGACGUGGAAGAGGAUUAAUCGCUUUUUGCCGAAUUUCUUUGCUGAGCUUUUCCCUGAGGAGGCGAAGAAGCCGAGGGGGGAGAGGAAGACCAAGGAGAUCCCUGUCAGGGAGAAGGAGGAGGAGAAGGUGGUUGCGGAGGAGGAGAAAGAGGAUGAGGAUGAGGAUGAGGCGGAGGGGGAUGUGGAUGAUGAGAAGGCUGAGGCGUGA